AAGAAAGUGGAGCAAACAGCUGCUGGGGACAAAAGCAGGAGCUGGUGAAGACCAAAACUGAGCUAAAUGGAGAUGUUGUCUGACUGUCCAGCUGCAGUUGAGCAUUUGGAGGCAGGGGGCGUCACCGAGCAGCUCCUGCAGGUGAAUAAGCUCCUACAGUUUGACUAAGUGAGGAGGACACGAGGCAGCCUCACUCAGUGGAGCCCAGCGGAGGCAGCAGACGUGGAGGAGACCCGAGGGGAGCGAGGAAUGAGAGCAAGAGAAGAAGCGAGCGUUUCUCCAUUCCUUCCCCCGGUGUGAGGCGCGGAGCCGCCGGUGCGCCCCGGUGAUGUGAGCCGCUGCCUGGAGGAGGAGGAGGAGGAGGCGGGAUGGCAGAGAGGAGGAGAGGAGGCUCCAUGUGCUCCCGCUGCUUCUCACAGAGGACACCGUCACCUGAAGACUCAGCGAUCAUUCUGUGGAAGUGAAGCCCGCGUUAGUUUCUGUGUGAACUUUGAAGGAGCCGGUGGAUGUGGCGCCAUGGAGAUAAAGACGAGACUUCGCGCGGUGCUGAUGUUCAUGUGGAUUUUUCAAGGUGACACACACAAGGUGGAGAUCCCCAGAGGAGAGGUGGAGGUGGUGAAAGGCGAGAUGGUGGUGCUACAAGCCUGGUACAGCCCCAACUCUGACAUUUCCAGGAACUCUGUCAUUUGGCAAUUCAUGGGGAAUAAGUCGAGGCAGGUGAUAAACUUCAGCUCUGGUGAGGUCGGGCUUGGUCAGAGUGAUUACACCACCAGAGUGGGCUUCAGUGUGGCCAUGCCCUCAGCCAACCUUUCCAUCUACAUCAACAACACCCAGGAGUCUGACUCGGGUCGUUACGUCUGCAGCGUCCUCAUCCCUAGAAGUAAUGGCAUUUCAGGAGAGAUACACCUUAAUGUCAAAGUCCCCCCCUCUCCCCCAGUUUGCACCAUGACAGGAAAUCCAGUGGUGAAGGGCAACGUGACGCUGAGCUGUAAAUCCAGUCAUGGAAAACCCAUCCCUCAGUACAAAUGGACCAAGGCUGCGCCCUUAUCAGAGGUUUUCUUCUCACCGAUGCAGAACGAGAGACACGGCACCCUCAGGCUCAGCAACCUCACCAAAAACAUGUCGGGGAAGUACGUCUGCAGAGCCAGCAACACGGCCGGCUCCGACAGCUGCUCCAUUAACCUGGAAGUUAUCACCUCUUCCAACGCAGGCAUGAUCGCAGCAGCCACCCUGGGGUCCGUGGUGGGACUCAUGGCCAUGGUGCUGUUCCUCAUAUUCAUACUGAGGAGGAGACGGGACACGGAGGAGGAGAUCGCCAACGAGAUCAAGGAGGAUGCUCAGGCACCGAAGCGAGUGUCAUGGGCAAAGAGCAACACCGGCUCCGACAUCGUGUCCAAGAACGGCACGCUGUCCUCCAUAGCAACCAGUCCUCGACCACGAGACCCACACCCGCCCAACUACCACUACCCGUACUCCCCCAUGUCGGCGUCAGACACGGGCUCAGUCAUCAACGCCUACCAGCUGCGACCUGGAGAAGCCAACACCUUACAGGGACUUCCUGGUUACAACAUUGGAGGCACUCCUUCACGUAAACACAAGCGGCCUCCCUGUACAAACGGGGGCCCUCCGGAGGUUGUCAGGAGCCCUGCGGUCGCCGUCCCCAACAGGACUGAGGGGGCACAGCCUCAGGCGCCGCCACUCGCCAUGUCCCCACAAAUGAGCUCCUCCACACUGACGCGCACGGGAGCCGUUGCCGUCAUGGUGCCAGCUCAGAGCCAAGCCGGCUCGCUGGUGUAACCACACUGAGAGGAAAUAAGAGGACGCCGGUUGUUGAUGGGAAUGUUCGCCAUUAAAUGGGACAUACUUUCUCGAUGAAGACCUGAAAGGUUGAGAGAGAAGAUGGUUUGUGCCUCAUUUGCACAAACGCUUUGCUGAUCAAUGUAAAUGCGGCAUCGUUCAUUUCAGUUUCUUUUUUCAUUUGCUGCGUUUUGUCUCACUGAAGUGUUAUUUUUAUUUACACGCUCAGAAAGACAUUUAUAAUAAUGUUGUCAAGUAGCAUUAAAAUACCAGUUAUUAUAAGAUCUGUCUGGAUACUGUAAACCAUAAUGAAUGGUUGAGUGCUCUUAGAGUUUGGAAGUUCUUGUAUAAUAACGUUUUGGGUACAUUUGAAUAAUGUAAAAAAAAUAACUACGUAUGAUUUUUUUUCAAUUUAAUUUUUCACUGUCAGUUCACUUUUCUCAGGCUAACUGCACAAGUUGAGGGCAAAAUUUCAGGUUGUUUCUUUAACCUGAAUUCUUCUGAGAGAACUUGCUGUUUGAGUUUAUCGCCGGUCGUGGUAGAUGGGAUGUAACCAAAAUUGUGCAUUUAAUAUUGUUGAAGUAGAUUCUGUUUUGUUCAAAAGGUGCUUGAUAUAAUUUGAUAUUAUUGCCGUAAAAAACAUGAGACGAUUAGCUGAGAAUUGAGAAUAUUGGUCUUCAGACUGAAACUUGUUUGUUUUCUUGUAAUUAUACUGAACUCUGGAUUUAACGUGGCAGUGAAUUAUCUGUGUUGACAGGUUACAUGUAGCACUUUUAAU